AAAAGUUGCAUAAAAAGUUGGUGAAGCGAUUAUUACUUAAAAAUCGUCGAAAUUUAGUUAAAUUCUGAAAUAAGAAUAAGAUAAACGGGUUAAAUAUCAGUUUCAACGUAAAUUCAGUUAAAAAUUGUGUUGAAAAUGCAGAAAGCUCUUCGGCUCGUGUUCGGAUCCGGAAGGUAUUUCAGUCGGAUUUCAUCAGCUGUUCCACAUGUGGCAUCAUCGGAUCGGACUUAUGGGACCUCAACUUGGACAAAUGUUAAAUUUGUAAAAUCGCUCUCCACGUCCUCGUGUCACCCCCAGUGCGAAACCCCGGCACCCCCACUGGACAUCCAGCAGCAAGGCCAACAACAACAACCGCUCGGCACCAUCACCCCCAAGCAGCUGGCGCUGGUUUACACGUGCAAAAAGUGCUCCACCCGGCAGCGCAAACACAUCUCCCGGCAGGCCUACGAGCGGGGCGUGGUCAUCGUGACGUGCGAGGGCUGCCAGGCGCACCACGUGAUCGCCGACAAUCUGGGCUGGUUUUCCGACCUCAACGGGAAGCGCAACAUCGAGGAGAUUCUGGCGGAAAAGGGCGAACGCGUCACGCGGGUUAAAAUCGACGAAUAAAGGAGGCUUUUUUUGCGAGGUAAA